UAUAUAAUUUAUUCAAAUUUGUUUUAUGUAAUUAAAGUAUACAAUUAUAUCAUAAAUUAAUUUAUAAAUAAUAAAACUUCAAACUGAUCACCAUAGUGAUUACUUAUCAUGUUUUAUAACAACCGGCUAGAUGUUAGAUCUAUAAUAAUCAUCUGUACCCUUAUUUUAUAUAAUUUUGUUUUUUUGUAAUGUUUAAAUCAUAAUUUAUUAUUAAUUAUUACGAAAUAUAAUGUUUUUACUUAUUUAGUUUGUAGUAUAUUGUAAAAAAUGAUCAGAUGUCCGGUUUAAUCUGUGAUAGUUACUUAGUCAUCGACUUAUAAGCUGUAUAUAUAAAAUGAAUAAUGACAAUGCAAAUGCUGAUUCAUCUUUAACAAAAAAAAAAAAGAAUUCAUCAUUUCCGCGACCUAGCAAUGCAAUAUUGACGAGAAUUACAUCAACUGAAUCUUUUUCUGAUAGUGGAUAUAGAGAAAAAAAUGAAAUAAGAUUACUUUUAGAAACAAAUCCAGUAAUACCAAAACUAUCAAAAUUACCGGAUAUAAGCAAAUUUUUAAAAAAACCUGAGUCUUUAAAAAAAUUCAAUACGAUAAAAGACCGAGAUGAAAUAAUAAAAAACUACAUGAACGAGUGCGCUGUAAUACAAAAAAUUGACUUAAUGGUAUCUAGACAACAUUUACCAGCUAAACAUCAAGAUAUUAUAAAACGUCCCCAGUUAUAUUAUCAUAAAAAACUUAAAGAAUUUGCUGAUUCUGUGGAACCAACACCCCUUCAUGAGUCGUGGAUUUUAAAUAUUAUCAAUAAAGUCAAGACAGCACGUUGGAAGCAUGCAAAAGUUCCUCGUGUAAUAUUAGAUGAAGUCAAAAUAGAGUAUGCUAAAGCAAUGAAAAAACUACAAAGCGAUGGAAUUAUUAAACCAUUAACUGAGGAAAUGACUCCAGUAAAUUCUCAAAACAUUAAACUAAAUCUUCAGCCUUAUGAAAAAUUUGAACAUCUUUCAUUGCAAGAUCACAAAAUAUUUUUGAAAAGGCAAAAUCUUCUUUCUAAACGUCUUCAUUUAACUCAUAUAACAACUAUCACUGUGUUAAAUUUUACAAAACGAAUGAUACCAAAUAUAUUGAUAGAAGCAGAAACAUAUAGAUCUGAAGAAUUUCCAAGAGAACUUAAUGAUUUAAUGGCAACAAUUGAGCAUGAUUUUCGAAAAAUUGACGUGUUUCUUGCUAAAGAAUGGUACAAAGAGGUUAUUCAUAUUUUAUCAAAACAAGGAGCAUUAGAUAAAAUAAAGAAGUCAUCACUUGCCCAAUUUUUCCGAGGAUUAACAACAGUAAUUAGCCUGGAGAUCGAACAUGUAAUAUUGAAAUCGACGGAACAUAUAUUAAAUGUAUUUGGGAACUCAUUAACAACACCUAAACUAAAUUUCAAGUUACAUUUUAAUGGUUCAAUGUGUGUAAGCGUUCCUAGUAUAAAUGAAGUUAGUGAACAAUACUGUUCUAUUAUGAACUUAAUAAAUACUGUUUGUUGUGAACUACCAUCUCUAGAGUAUUAUUUUAAAUUACCAAUACAGAGCCAAUUUAUACCAAUUAAAAGAGACCAUAGUUAUAUUCAAGACGCCAAAAUCAAAUUAACAACUAAAUUAAAUGAUAUAUACAAAGAAUUGGCAGAUUAUUUGAAAAAAAUUGAAGAUAAUUUUAGCGAGAUCUUAAACAAGCAUCAACCUAUACAAUUAAAUAAGUAUCUGGAAAAAGAUCGAACUUACGAAGAACUACUAGAAACAUUAUAUUUAUUUGACAAUUACAGGCUUAACGCUAUGGAACUUGCAGACGAAUGGGAGUUUGAACUUGGAAAUAUCAAUGUAAUUGGUUUAAAGUCUUAUGUAAGUGAUACUGCAAAGAAAUAUAUGAAUCAAAUAAUUAAUCACAUCAUUAAUAAACAGCUUGAUGACAACACUAAAUAUUCACUAGCUUGGGUUUGCAUGAAAUUUGAUAAAAUGGUUUCACGAGCGGUUUCUCAGCCAAAAGAUACUAAAGAAUUUCUAGAUCUAGGCCAAUACAUGCUUUAUGUAAGCACAACUUUUAUGAGUGAAAUGACUAGUACUGUCAAGCAAAUAACUUCAGUCGCUUGUGAUAUCUCUCGUUAUACACAUCUUCCUAAAGAAUUCUGGGAUGCUCAUAUAUCUGCUAUUCAAUGGAUUCAGAACAUAGCUCCGGUUUUUCUCAAGUACGGAAGUAUGUACGAAGCUGGAAAAUCCAAUAGAGAAGAAAAUCUAGCAAAAGUUAUAAGUCAAUUAAACUAUGAUUUAGAUGCUUUUACACCACAUCUAACUUUCUUAGAUCGUAUAGAUGAUACUAACAAACUUUAUGAAUAUAUAUUGUAUAUUAAUACGCUUAAUAGAAAAAUAGAAGCUUUUGAUGCAACAGUUUCUUGGAUCAAUAAAGAAGAAAAAUUAUUUAACAAACCUAUUAGCACAUUUCCAGAACUCGACGAAAUAAAAGAUUUUACGACACCAUUUAUCAAUCUUAUAGUUUUUUCCUAUAAAUGGUUUCUCAGGAAAAACGUUUGGAUGCGAGGAGAUUUUGAUAAACUGAAGCUGUCCGACAUUGAACUAGAAGUAGAUGAAUUUUACAAAGAAGCAGUUAAAACUCAAAAAGUGUUUAGAGUAAAAUGUAAAGAAAUGCUUGCACAAAAUUUUAGCAAGCGGUAUGAAGGUAUCAUUGAUGACACAGACAUGAAUUUGUGGCCAGCACCAUUAAAAAUAGUAUUCCAGACCGUUAAUAGUAUGAAAGAAUUCAAGCAAUACUUACCAAUAAUCGGUAUUAUGUGUAAUCCAGCGUUAAAAGAAAGACAUUGGCAAGAAAUGUCUGAGAUAAUGGGAUUUGAUUUGACUCCAAAUGCUGGAACUAAUCUAUCAAAAAUAAUUGAUUAUCAUCUCGAGCCCCUUAUUCCACAGUUCGAUGUUAUAAGUGUUGGAGCUACUAAAGAAGAGCAACUAAAAAAAUCACUAAAUAAAAUGAAAGAAGAAUGGCAAACUAUAAGUUUGUCAACAAGUCCCUAUAAAGGUACAAAAAUAAAUAUAAUAUCUGGAUUGGAUGAUAUUCAAAUGAUAAUUGAUGAUCAUUUAAUUAAAACUAUAUCAAUGCGUGGAUCAGCCUUCGUAAAACCUAUAGCAGCUGAAGUAAAAGAAUGGUUUGAUCUUAUUAAUAGAAUAAAUAUGACUCUCGAAGAAUGGGCGAAAGUUCAAAUAAAAUGGCUUUAUCUUAUGCCGAUAUUUAGCUCUAAGGAUAUUGUUGCCCAAAUGCCCGAAGAAGGAGCCCUAUUCACUGAAGUUGAUACAAUUAUAAGAGGAUUAUUAAGUUUGGUAGGAAAAAAACCAUUAGCUGUCCAGUCUGUAGGACAAGAAGGUAUCCUAGAGUCAUUAAAAAAUUGUGUCGAAUUGAUAGAAAAUAUUACAACCGGUGUCAAUAAUUAUUUAGAAAAGAAGCGCUUAUAUUUUCCAAGAUUUUUCUUUCUUGGAAAUGAUGAAAUGUUGGAAAUUUUAUCUGAAACAAAAAACCCUAAAAGAGUCCAGCCAUAUUUAUGUAAAUGUUUUGAAGGAAUUUCCAAACUUGAGUUUAACAAUGAUUUAGAUAUUUUGAAAAUUUUAAGUAAAGAAGGAGAAGAAGUUAUUUUAGUAGAAACAAUAUCAACAGUUGAAGCGAGAGGAAGUGUAGAAAAAUGGCUAGUACAGUUGGAAGAAAAAAUGAUAAAAUCAAUUAGAAGUAUUAUUGAAAAAGCUUUUAAAGAAUAUCCUACAAUAAAUCGAACAGAUUGGGUUCAAAAAUGGCCAGGUCAAGCAAUAUUAUGCGUUGAUCAAAUAUUUUGGACAUCAGAAGUGCAUGAACUAUUUUUAGAAAAUAAACCAGGACAAAUGAAAUCUCAUCUUACAUUUUUAACAAAUCAAUUGAACAAUAUAGUUGAUUUGGUUCGUGGAAAAUUAAAUUCGCAAACUAGAACAACUCUGGAAGCAUUAGUGACAUUAAAUGUACAUGGAAGAGAUGUCGUUAAUGAAUUGCAAAUUAACCAUGUUUCUCAAGCAAUGGAUUUUAAAUGGCUUAGUCAACUUAGAUACUAUUGGGAAGAUAAUGUAAUGGUUCGUAUCACUAAUGCAACCAUUCAAUAUGCUUAUGAAUACUUAGGAAACUCUCCUAGACUUGUUAUAACACCUUUAACUGAUAGAUGUUAUCGAACAUUAGUUAGUGCAUACCAUUUACAUUUAAAUGGAGCACCCGAAGGACCCGCUGGCACUGGAAAAACUGAAACAACUAAAGACUUAGCAAAAGCUUUGGCUGUACAAUGUGUAGUUUAUAAUUGCUCUGACAGUCUUGAUUAUUUAGCAAUGGGAAAAUUCUUUAAAGGUUUAGCAUCUGCUGGAGCUUGGGCAUGUUUUGACGAAUUUAAUAGGAUUGAUAUUGAGGUUCUUUCAGUAAUUGCUCAACAAAUUUUAUGUAUUGCUCAAGCAGUUAGAGCCAAUCUUGAAACAUUUAUUUUUGAAGGAACAGAAAUAAUUUUAAAUAAGAGAUGUUAUGUGUGUAUUACUAUGAAUCCUGGAUACGCAGGUAGAUCAGAACUACCAGAUAAUUUGAAGGUUUUAUUCAGAACAGUAGCUAUGAUGGUACCAGAUUACACAAUGAUUGGUGAGAUACAACUAUAUUCAAAUGGAUUUGUCAAUGCACGUGAACUAUCAGUAAAAAUUGUUACUACGUAUAAGUUGUGUUCUGAACAACUAUCUUCUCAAUCUCACUAUGACUAUGGUAUGAGAGCAGUCAAAACAGUUCUUACUGCUGCUGGAAAUUUAAAAAUGAAAUUUCCCAACGAUGAUGAAUCUGAACUCUUACUGAGAUCAAUAUUAGAUGUAAAUUUGGCAAAAUUUUUAAACAAAGAUGUUCCUUUAUUCAAUGGUAUUAUAUCUGAUUUAUUCCCUGGAGUGAAAUUGCCUGAUCCAAAAUACGAUAAUUUUCUUAAUGCUGCUAAAGUCGUAUGUAAUAAAAGGCAUUUACAACUAACAAAUAGUUUCAUAAAGAAACUUAUACAAACUUAUGAAAUGAUGAUCGUUAGACAUGGAUUUAUGAUGGUUGGUUAUCCUUUUGGUGGAAAAACAUCUAUAUUGAAGGUAUUGGCAGAUAGUUUGACUUUACAAAAUAAGUUAAAUCAAGGAGAAGAGAUAGUUGAAUAUGAAACUAUUAACCCUAAAGCCUUAACAAUGAGCCAGCUGUAUGGGUGCUUUGAUGAUAUAUCACACGAGUGGACAGACGGUGUUGUAGCUACAACGUUUAGACGAUUUUCAAUGUCAGAAAACUCAAAUAGGAAAUGGUUAAUAUUUGAUGGACCAGUUGACGCCGUUUGGGUAGAAAAUAUGAACACUGUUUUGGAUGACAAUAAAAAGUUGUGUUUAAAUUCAGGGGAAGUCAUGAGUAUGCCUUCUUGUAUGUCUAUGAUAUUUGAAGUGAUGGAUCUCACACAAGCAUCUCCUGCUACUGUAUCUCGAUGUGGAAUGAUAUACAUGGACCCUAUUAUUUUGGGUUGGAAACCUUUACUGGAAUCCUGGAUGGAAACAUGUUCUGAAUUUUGGUCUACUGGUCAAAAUGGUAUUGAUAUAAUGAGUUUAUUUGAUUGGAUUGCACCACCGUGUCUUUAUUUUAUUCGUCGAAGUUGUACUCAAUUAACAACAGCAGGAGAAACAAACAUGGUUAUGAAUGUUUUAAAUCUACUCGAAAUGCAACUAAAAAAUGCUUCUGUUGAUAAUAAAAUGUAUUAUGAUUAUUUUACUAAUUAUUUGCAUGGAUCAUUUGUGUAUGCAGCAAUAUGGGGAUUUGGUGGUACAUUAGAUUCUUCUUCCAGGCCAGUUUUUGAUUCCUACUUCAGACAACUAUGGAGAGGUGAUAACCCUAAUUUUCCACCACCUGAAAAUAUUAGUUGUAUAGAAAUUCUCGUCCCAAACGAAGGAUUACUAUAUGAUUAUGUCUUCGGUUGCACAGCAAAAGGCUCAUGGAAACACUGGACAGAAAUAGCAAAAACUAAUAAAAUAGAAGAAAUGAGUAACAUAGAACAAACUUUAGUACACACCAUUGAUACAUCAAGGUAUCUACAUUUAGUCGAUAUGUUCAUUCAUUUCCGGAAACCCUUAUUAUUAUUCGGAGCUACUGGAACAGGAAAAAGUUUUUAUAUAAAAAAGUACAUGAUGACUAAAUUAUCGUUGGAUAAAUAUGUUCCAUCUUUUAUUACAUUUACAAGUCAGACGUCUGCUAAUUUUACACAAGAAAUGGUAAUAUCAAAACUUAUUAAACGAAAACGUGGAGUUUAUGGUCCUCCAAUAGGUAAACAAUGUGUUAUAUUUGUUGAUGAUAUGAACAUGCCAGUUAAAGAACAAUAUGGAGCACAACCCCCUAUUGAGUUAUUAAGACAAUUUUUCGAUCAUGGACAUUGGUAUGACUUGCAUGACACCAGUAAAGUUUACAUAAAAGAUAUUCUCCUUCUAACUGCCAUUGGGCCACCUGGUGGUAGUAGACAAGAUGUCUAUUAUAGAUUUUUAAGACACUUCGGACUAUUUUCAAUAAAUUCGUUUGAUGAUGAAAGUAUAACAAAAAUAUAUUCGACAUUACUCCAAAUAGGAUUGAGAAGGAAUGGAUUCACAUUAGAAGUAAUGCCAAUUAUUGACAGCAUAGUUGAGUCUACAAUUCAUUUAUAUAGAUCUGCUAUGACCAAUCUAGCUCCAACACCUGCUAAGUCUCAUUAUUUAUUUAAUUUAAGAGAUAUUUCGAAAGUAACUAAUGGGAUACUCAUGUUUAGAAAAGAAAGUUACACAAACAAAAAAAUUUUUACGAAGUUAUGGGUUCAUGAAAUUAUGCGAGUUUUUUAUGAUCGUCUAAUUGAUGAUAAAGAUAGAGAAUGGUUAUUUACAGAAAUUCGAAAAAAUGUUAGUCAAUACUUCCUAGACACAUUUGAUGUUUUGUUCAAUUAUUUAUCUACAUCAACUCCAAUAUGCCAUGAGAAUAUGUCGAAUCUUAUCUUCACAAGUGCAUUGGAUUUGGAUGCCUUAGAAGAUAAGAAAUAUGAAGAACCACCAUCGUUAAAGGCUUUUGAAAAUGUUACAAAAAUGGUAAUGGAUGAAUAUGAUAUGACACAUAAAUCGAAACUUAACAUAGUUUUAUUCAAAUAUGCUCUUGAACAUCUAUCAAGAAUAUGUCGUAUAUUAACUACACCAAGUGGCAAUGCUCUAUUGGUUGGAAUUGGUGGUUCAGGGCGACAAUCUCUUACUCGUUUAGCAGCAGCCAUUUGUAGUUAUAAUGUUUUUCAACCAGAAAUAACUAAAAGCUACACUUUUAAUGAGUGGAGAGAUGACAUGAAAAUGAUAUUAAAAGAAUCAGGAGGAAAAAAUAGGCCCACAGUAUUUUUAUUUGCUGAAGGUCAAAUAAAAGAAGAAUACUUUUUACAAGAUAUUGAUGCAUUAUUAAACUCUGGAGAAAUACCGAAUCUCUUUGCCAUGGAUGAGCAACAAGAAAUUUUAGAGAUGGUCAGGUUAGCAGCUCAAGGUGGAAACCGAAACUUAGAUAUUGCUCCAUUAGUAGUUUUUAACUAUUUUACUAAUAGAUGCAAACAAAAUUUACACAUUUGUUUAUGCUUCAGUCCAAUUGGAUCAAGUUUUAGAAAUCGUCUUAGAUUAUACCCAUCAAUGGUCAGUUGUUGUACAAUUGACUGGUUUGAAGACUGGCCAGAAGAUGCGUUAGAAAUGGUUGCUCGUAAAUAUUUGAGUGGUGUAAAUCUUUCAGAUAAAAUAAAAAAUUCAGCAGUAACAGUUUGUCAAAGUUUUCACGUUGAUGCUCGAAAGCUCUCGUCUGAUUUUUAUAAAAUAACACAUCGUCAUACAUAUGUUACAUCUGCAUCUUACCUUGAUCUUAUUAAAGCCUAUACAGAUUGCACUAAUUUUAAACAAAAGGAAAUUAUGGAAGCAAAAAUGCGAUAUGUUGGUGGACUUCAAGAGCUAGAAUAUGCAACGGGCCAAGUCAAUCAAAUGAAAGAGGACUUAUUCAAACUACAACCUCAACUACAGAAAGCACAAAAAGAUACCGAAGAAAUGAUGAUAAUUAUAUCUCGAGAAACUGUUGAAGUUGAAAAAGCUACUGCCAGAGUCCAAGAAGAUGAAAAAGUAGCAAAUGUACAAGCUAAUGCAGCUAAUGAAUUAAAAACUGAAUGUGAAGCUGACCUAGCAUUAGCUAUACCAGUUUUAGAGGAUGCAAUUGAUGCAUUGAAUACUCUAAAACCAGCUGAUAUAACACUAGUAAAAUCAAUGAAAAAUCCACCUGACGUAGUAAAAACUGUUAUGGCUGCAGUUUGUGUCAUGAAAGGGGAAGCUCCAUAUAAAAUUCCAGAUCCUAAUAAACCUGGACAAAAAGUAUUGGAUUAUUGGGGCCCAAGUAAAAGGUUACUUGGUGACAUGAAUUUUCUACAGCAACUAAAGGAUUAUGAUAAAGAUAAUAUACCAAUUUCAAUUAUGACUGUCAUUCGAAAAACCUAUUUACCAGACAAAAAUUUUAAACCACAUAUUGUGGCUAAAGCUUCGAGUGCAGCCGAAGGCUUAUGCAAAUGGAUAAUAGCAUUAGAUAAAUAUGAUCAAGUAAUAAAAAUAGUUGCACCAAAAAAAGAAAAACUGGAAAUAGCUAAUGCUGAAUACGAAGCAACAAUGGCAAUUCUCGAAGAAAAAAGAAAGCAAGUACAACAACUACAAGAAAAAUUAGACUCUUUAAAAGAACGUUUAGAGGAAACUGAAAAAAACAAAGAAAAUUUGCUAGCUGAAGUAGCAUUAUGUGAGAGCAAAUUGUUAAAAGCUGAAAAACUUAUAGGUAGUCUUGGUGGAGAAAAACAUCGUUGGGCGCAACGUGCCGAAGAACUUCAACACAACUAUAAUUGCAUUCCAGGUGACAUUCUCAUAUCAUGUGGUAUUAUUGCAUAUUUAGCACCAUUUACGUCACAGUUCCGAAUUACGGCAGUAAAUGUUUGGAAAACGUUAUGUAAAAAUCUACAAAUCCCAAGUUCAGACGAUUAUAGCUUAAUCGAUGUAUUAGGUGUACCUAUUAAAAUUCAAAAUUGGACUAUUAAUAGCCUACCAAUGGAUUCUUUUUCAAUUAGUAAUGCCAUAAUUAUGGAUGAAUCACAGAGAUGGUCACUAUUAAUUGAUCCUCAAGGUCAAGCGCAUAAAUGGAUCAAAACAAUGGAAAGAGUGAAUGAUUUAACCAUUGUAAAAUUAAAUGACCCUACUUACAUGAAAAAUAUUGAAAUAUGUAUUGAAUUCGGAAAACCAGUAUUAAUUGAAAACGUACUUGAAGAUUUGGAUCCACCGUUAGAUCCAAUUUUAUUAAAACAAAUGUACAAACAAGGAAAUUCCUAUUAUAUUGCUCUUGGAGAUAACGUUAUUGACUAUAAUCCGAAAUUUAAGCUUUAUAUAACGUCAAAAUUAAGAAACCCUCAUUACUUACCAGAAGUGUUCAAUAAAGUGACUAUUAUUAAUUUUGCUUUAACUGUGGAAGGCUUAGAAGAUCAAUUACUUGGAAUUGUUGUUGCGAAAGAACGGCCAGAUUUAGAAUCUAAAAGACAACAGUUAAUUAUCGAAAGCGCUACAAAUACAAGAGCAUUAUUAGAUGUAGAAAAUAACAUCUUGCAAAUACUUUCAGCACCAGGAAACAUAUUAGAAGAUGAAAAUGCAGUUGAUGUAUUGGAUAAUUCUAAGGUAUUAGCAAGAGAAAUCACCAUAAAACAAGCAGCUUCAAUUGAUACUGUUGCAGUAAUAGAUCAAUUUAGAUUACAAUAUAAACCAAUCGCUGAACACUGUUCAAUACUUUAUUAUUGUAUCACCAAUUUACCUAAUCUUGAUCCUAUGUAUCAUUAUUCAUUAGUUUGGUAUAUAAACAUAUACAUAAUGACUAUUGAAACAGCAAAUAAAUCAAAAUUUAUAAACGUAAGAUUACAAGCAUUGAAAGAAACAUUUACAUACAAUUUAUACUCCAAUGUAUGUCGUUCGUUAUUUGAAAAAGAUAAAACAUUAUUCUCGUUUAUUAUGUGUUCAACUAUAAUGCUGGCUGAGAAUAAAAUAGAAAAACAAGAGUUUAUGUUCCUAAUAAGUGGCGGUGUUGGUCUAAAAAAUACUGAGAAUAAUCCAUGUGAUUGGCUUCUCGAAAAAAACUGGGAUCAGUUAUAUCGAUUAAAUGAACUAGUAAAUUUUAAAGGUAUAAAAGAACAUUUUAUUCAAAAUAUUAAUGAAUGGAAAGAGUACUACGAUCUAGUAGAACCUCAUAACUCAAAAUUUCCAAAUCCAUGGUAUGAUAAACUAAGUAAUUUUCAAAAGAUUCUUGUUAUACGCACUAUUCGACCUGACAAAGUCACACCAGUCAUAAUAAGGCUAAUAGAAAAAGAACUAGGUGAAAAGUUUACACAUCCGCCUCCAUUCGAUAUUAGCAAGUCUUACGGAGAUUCUAUUUGUUUAACUCCCCUUAUCUUUGUACUUUCACCUGGAGUGGACCCAAUGGCUAAUUUAUUACAAUUUGCUGAAAAAAAAGGCCAAUCUGAAAAGUUACAAAGUGUUUCCCUAGGCCAAGGACAAGGACCAAUCGCUGCAGCUUUAAUUGAAGACGCACAGCAAACUGGUGGUUGGGUUUGUUUACAAAAUUGUCAUCUAGCUACUUCAUGGAUGGGGAAAUUGGAAUUAAUUUGUAAUUCAUUAAAUAUGUCUAAUACAAAUAGUGCAUUUAGACUAUGGUUAACUAGUUAUCCAUCAGCACAAUUUCCAGUAUCUGUUCUUGAAAAUGGUGUAAAAAUGACUAAUGAACCUCCUAUGGGAUUACAAGCAAAUAUGCUUCGAAACUACCAAUCACACCCUGUUAAAAAUCAAGAAUUUUUUGAAGGUUGUCCAAGUAAAGAACGACCAUUUACUAAAUUGCUCUAUGGUAUUACAUUCUUCCACGCUGUAGUACAAGAAAGAAAAAAAUUUGGAGCUAUUGGUUGGAAUAUACCAUAUGGCUUCAAUGAAUCAGAUUAUAAUAUUUCAAUACUGCAACUUCAAAUGUACAUAAAUGAAUUUGAGGAUAUUCCAUUCGAUGCAAUAACAUAUUUAAUAGGAGAGUGUAAUUAUGGUGGCCGGGUAACUGACGAUUGGGAUAGACGAACUAUGAAAACUAUAUUAAAUAUUUUUUGUUGUCCUGAAGUUGUCGCAGAUCCUAAUUAUCUGUUUUGCCCUUUGAGCACCAAAUAUGGCAUACCUUUUCGAAAUAACUAUCAUGAUUUUAUUAAAAAAAUUGAGGAAAUUCCCAAAACUCCUAAUCCAGAAGUUUUUGGACUACAUAUGAAUUCAGGUAUUACCCAAGAUUUACAAACUUCGAUGCAACUUUUUAAUUCAUUAAUGUCAGUGACUGAAACUGGCGUUAGUGGUGCAGAUGAAAAUGAUUCUAUGGAUAAUUUAUUGAUGGCAAUUAUAAUGGAUAUAUUAUCGAAGCUCCCUGAAAAUUUUGACAUAGAGACUGCUGGAAAUAAAUAUCCAGUUAUGUAUAAGGAGUCAAUGAAUACAGUUCUUAUUCAAGAAAUGGAACGCUUUAAUACACUUUUAUCUGUAGUUCGCAAAAGCUUGCACGAUCUUUCGAAAGCUAUUAAGGGUGCCAUUGUAAUGACACCUGAAUUAGAAACUAUGGCUUCAUCAUUAGCAAUUUCCAAAUAUCCAAUGUUAUGGUCUAAAUAUUCAUAUCCAAGUUUAAAAUCAUUAGCAGGCUAUGUUAAAAACUUAUUGGAGAGACUACAAUUUUUUCAAAAUUGGUAUGAGAAUGGUAAACCAAAUAAUUUUUGGUUGAGUGGAUUUUUUUUCACUCAAGCAUUUUUAACGGGUACCAUGCAAAAUUUUGCUCGACGGUAUCAAAUUCCAAUAGAUCAAUUAUGUUUUGAUUUUCAAGUUCAGAAAACAGACAGGAUAAAUAAAGUACCUGAAGAUGGAGUUUACUGCUACGGAUUAUUUUUAGAUGGUGCAAGAUGGGAUAGAUCCAAAAUGGUGCUUGAAGAACAAUAUCCAAAAAUUUUAACGGAUAUUUUACCUUUAGUAUGGUUUAUUCCUAUUAGAAAAAAUGAGUUGGUGGAAAAUUAUAGAUAUGUUUGUCCUAUUUAUAAAACAUCAGAAAGAAAAGGCAUACUAUCUACCACUGGUCAUUCAACAAAUUAUGUUUUACCAAUGUUGUUAAAUACUGAUAAAAGUGCUUCACACUGGAUCUAUCGUGGGGUAGCAUUAUUAUGCCAAUUAAAUGAUUAAUAUAAUCUCAUUUCUAUCCAUUUUGUAUAUUUUUCCUUACUGUAAAUAGUUUUUUUGUGCAAUUUAAUUAUGCAAUUUUGUUAUAAUUUUUCUUAAAAAUAGUUUAUAAAUAUUUUUCUAUUCUA